AAAAAGGCGCUUGAAAAGUAGUACCGGAAGUGAAAUGGCUGCGAACCAGCUCAAGCCCUACGCCCAAAUCAUUGACGGCGUGCCGCGGUGCCCCUUCGCGACUCCAGAAUCCAUCAGGAAUGCUCUGCAGUUCGUGGCCCAGCAAGGUGACCUGCUGCAGGCGUCAUUCCCCAAGAGCGGCACCCACUGGGUCCAGUACAUCAUUCAGUUGAUACUCAAUGGCGGGGAACCACUUGACACGUACGAGGAGUUCACGCAACGGGCCCCGUUCAUCGAAUACCAUGUGGACGCAGCUAAACACACGACCAACGCACCGCUGCGUACGUUCUGCACUCACCUGCCCUUGCGCUUGGAAACGCUUAACCCAGAGGCGAAGUAUGUCUACGUGGCCCGCAAUCCUUGGGACGUCUGCGUGUCACUCUACCAUCACAUGACUUCGCUCAGCUUCUAUCGCUUCCAAGAGGGUACGUUCGACGACUUUCUGGAGGCUUUCUUGACAGGCUCUCUUCCUUACGGUUGCUACUUCGAGCACCUAGAGGCCGGUUACUUGCUCAAGGACAAAGGGAACGUUCUCUUUCUCACGUACGAAGAAUUGCAGAGAGACAUACGAGACGCGGUGCUUCGUUUGGCUAACUUUAUCGGCGAGCAGUACGGGAACGUGCUAAAAGAAUGUGGCAUAGACGGGGACACGCAGUUGGACGCUAUCAUCCAAAGGAGCAGCGCUGAAAGUAUGAGAAAGGUCAUGGUCUUCAACCUCGCCGGACAUCCCGACCCGGACGUGGACAAGCAGUUGAAGAGCCUGGACGUCUCGUCGAGAGUGGCUCAUGGAGGAGACACCAAGCGCUAUAAUUUUGUCAGGACGGGCAAGGGAGGAGAGUGGAAGGAGCUCUUCUCGCCCGAGCAGCUGCAACGCAUGGAGGCCAGCAUCACCGAAAAGACGAGUUGUUCUAGCGUUAUUAUGGACCUUUGGAGCGACAUACGGGAAGAGGCGCUGAGCUUGUGUUGAGUCUAUGGCUGUGAA